AUGGAUUCAUUUGGAUAUUUAGUUAUUUUUACAAUAAUAUGUGGUGGAUAUCUGUUUUACAAAGCUUUGAAUCGCAAGAAUAAUUACUGGUCUAAACGUGGAGUGAAAGGCCCAAAACCAGUGCCUAUUUUUGGUAAUCUUCUCAGUUUUCUGGUAACUCCCCGACCAUUAGUCGAAGUGAACUGGCUUAAAAAAUUUGGACACAUUUACGGAUAUUAUGAACUGGAUGAACCAAUUCUGAUGGUGGCUGAGCCAGAAUUGGUAAAAACAAUUUUAGUGAAGGACUUCCACCUGUUUUCGGACAGACGGCACGAGAAGACAGCCGAACCACUGAUAGAGAAAACUCUGACAAAUCUGUUGGGCGACGACUGGAAGAGA